AUGGCGCCCUCAAAGAAGGCCGCCAGCUUCGACAAGCGAAAGCCGAAGCACUCGGACGACCCCAACCGGCCUAACAGAGAUGCCAAGCCAGGCAUGCGGUCAGCCGCCACAGUCAGGCGCCUGAAAAUGUACAAAUCAGGCGGCGCUGUCCGCGACAAGAAGGGUCGCGUCAUUCGCCAGGACCUCCAGUCCAAGGAACUUCCGAACACGCGGAUCGUGCCGGACCGCCGCUGGUUUGGCAACACGCGGGUGGUGGGCCAGAAGCAGCUGGAGCAGUUCAGGGAGGAGAUGAGCGCCAAGGCGCACAGCGCGUUCACGGUGCUGCUCCGGGAGAGGAAGCUGCCCAUGCAGCUGUUGAAGGAACCGGACGCCAGGAAGUCGGAGGCGGAAAGGAAGAGGACCAUCCUGCAGGUGGAGUCCUUCGAUGACACUUUCGGGCCGUCGCGAAAGCGGAAGCGACCAAAGCUGUCGUUGGACACCUAUGAGGACUUGGUGUCCAGUGUAGGAGACGCAAAUCAAAAGUAUGAAGAGAAGGUGGAAUUGGGCCGGGACACCAACGUCAUCAGGGACGACGAUGGAGAGAGGAAAUCUGGCCGUGACAAUAUUUUCGAGAAAGGACAGUCAAAGCGUAUUUGGUCUGAGCUGUAUAAGGUGGUUGACUCCUCAGACGUCAUUGUGCAAGUCUUGGACGCAAGAGAUCCAGAUGGGACGCGUUGCCGGCCUUUGGAGGCCCAUGUUAAACGCAACCACCAGUUCAAACACAUGAUUCUGCUGCUUAACAAAUGUGACUUGGUGCCAGCUUGGGUGGCCAAGCGCUGGCUGCACAGCUUCUCUCGCGAGUACCCUACUCUGGCUUUCCACUCCAGCAUCACGAACCCAUUUGGGAAGGGUGCAUUGCUGUCAUUGCUACGGCAGCUGGCACGGCUCAGGUCAGACAAGAAGUCCAUUGCUGUGGGAUUUGUCGGGUACCCCAAUGUGGGCAAGUCGUCAGUCAUCAAUACCCUGAGGACCAAGAAGGUGUGCAAGGUGGCCCCCAUCCCAGGUGAAACAAAGGUGUGGCAAUACAUAACACUAAUGAAACGCAUCAACCUCAUAGACUGCCCAGGUGUGGUGCACAACAAAACCCAAGACUGCCAUGAGUCCACAGUGCUGAAGGGCGUUGUGCGAAUCGAGCAAUUAGAAGAUGCUUCGCAUUACAUUCCUUUCCUUAUGGAGCGUGUGAAGCCUGAGUACUUGACGAGGGCGUAUGGCAUCAGCACAUGGCAGGGUUGCGAGGACUUCUUGACUCAGCUGGCAAACAAGUCGGGCAAACUUUUGAAGGGGGGUGAUCCUGAUUUGAACACUGCCGGUCGAAUGAUGCUCUUGGACUGGCAGCGAGGGAGGAUCCCUUUCUUCACCCUUCCUCCUGACUACAUUGAAGGCACAGACCUUGAGAAGAACCAAGCAAGCGAAGAGGGGGGAGAUGGGCAAGAGGGUUCGGCGAAACGACGGGACGAAACGCUUGUGCCAAGUAAGCGCUGCGAACAGGAGAUUGCGCAGUCCGCCCAAGCUGAAUUGAUGCGCAUUUCUGUGGAGCUGUCCAGUCAACUGCAGCGUGGGAUUCCACAGAAAAAGGGACUUUUCCCCAUGGAGGAUCGAAUGGAAGGAGGACAGACCGGAACCUCAGCGGCUGAAGAGACUGGAGUGGGGUGUGAAGUUGACAGCGUUGACAAUAGCAGUGAAGCAGCCAGCGACGUCGUUGAUGGAGAAGCAGACCUGGAGACCUGGCAAGGGGAAGAACGCAGAUGCGCUGAUACUGAUUCAGACACUGAUUCGCAGAUUGUUGAGGCAGGGAAGGGGAACAAAGGGCAGAAUCCUGAAGAAGAUGUCAGUGAUUCAGACAGUGAUGGGUAUGGCGCCGAAGGGCUGUCAUGGGAGGCAGUUUUGAAGAGUGUGCAGGAGCACGAAUGGGACUUGGAUCAGAAUGACGAAGAGGAUGAGGAUUAG